AUGUUUCUCAUCCAUAACGCGUCAAAUAGGUUCCUCAGGAUUCCUUCUUCUGUCCCAAGGUUAGCGGUCGGCUGCGGAAAAGGGCGCACAAAACUCGCCCAUGUAUCCAUACUCAUUUCCCGCUCAAAUUUCUCCACCAAAGAACCCAAGCGAAAACCCGCGUUAAGAGAGAACAUCUACACGAUUCCCAACCUUUUAACCGCGUCACGGAUUCUCGCAUGUCCAGCAAUAGGCUGGUCUAUCCUCCAGGGACAGUUUGACCUUGCAACUUCUCUGCUUGUUUACGCAGGCCUCACCGAUCUGGCUGACGGCUGGAUAGCUCGCCGCUUCAAGAUGAACUCUGUGCUGGGCACUAUACUUGAUCCUGCAGCCGACAAGGCGCUGAUGACCACGUUGACGGUUACCUUAAGCAUGAAAGGGAUGUUGCCUAUUCCUCUUGCAGUCCUUAUCCUAGGCAGGGAUGUUCUCCUCAGUCUCUCAGCUUUCUACAUUCGAUAUACUUCGUUACCCCCACCGAAAACCUUUUCGCGAUAUUGGGAUUUUGGAAUACCUUCUGCAGAAGUACGCCCAACCGAAAUCAGUAAGGUAAAUACUGGUCUUCAGCUCCUGCUCAUGGGAACAACAACAAUAAGCCCAUUGCUUCCAUGGGUCCUUGAUGUUCCUCUUACCGGGUUACAAUGGAUUGUUGCGACAACGACGAUCUGGAGCGGUAUCUCCUACGUAUUUGCUAAAGACGGAUACCGAGUGGUAGCAGAAAAGCAGAAGGAAGAUAAAUAA